AUGUCGGACAUAUUCCGACCACUUUUUAGGUCCGUGGAGGACAAGGUUGCGAACAGACGUGAACAAUUGCGCAAGGCCCAGAGGACCUUUCGCGAACGACGAGACCAAUACCUUCGGGUUUUGGAAAAGUCCGUUAGGCGCUUACAAGCCAACGAAGCGAGGCUGCAGGCUGAAGUCGACCGACUCGAGCGAGAUCUGGCGGCGGCCAACAGCAAACUUGCACAAUGCGAGGCCGAGUUGCACAAGUCGGCUUCCUUGACUCAUACUGAACACGCCUAUGCGAAUAGAGGCGGCUAUGCGACCGGACUCGGAGGAUUCAACUUCGCAUCUGAGAUGGGCAACUCAGCUCGGCCGGCUUACCUCUCGUCGCCCAAUGGCUGGAUGGAGAGCGGAGCGGGUGCGUCUGUCAGCAGCAGCUCCUCGAGCACUCUGGUCUGGAUCGAGACGGAGAAUGGCCAGCCUGUCCAGAUGCAUGUCCAGCAGAAGCAAGAAUUUGGCUUCCUGCCGCCCAGUGCUGGAAAAAAUUCAGCCUCUCUGGGCCGAGAUAGAAGCGCAACGACAGUCCUUGUGGCCCACCUCGACGCUGUGGUUGUUGCCAUGGAGUUUGUGCUCAACGUCGGCGGCACUUCUGUGCUGUUAUCCGUCUCCAUCAUCUUCAUCGCCAGCCUCGUCAUCCUUUUUAUCACCGCCCAAAUCGACGUCGUAUACAAACAUCAACAAAUACGCCUCACCACUCUCACCCCCAAAUUCGACUCCCUCUCCUUCCUCCUCUACCGCUCUUACGUGGCCCGCCCCAAAAGCGACCCUCGAGCGACUGCUUAA